AUGCCUGUCUCGAAUGACUUCCAGACUGUUGCCGGUCGCCGGGCAACUUUCGAUGUCGCGCAUAAGUCCAGUUCCGGCGAAGAGUUGACUUGGUCAUACGCUUCUCCCUCGCCAGAUGAGCUCGCUCAUGCCGGAUUUCACUACACUCCAACGGCGCUUAGCCCUGAUAACACAACCUGUUUUCUUUGCGAACGAUCUCUUGAUGGCUGGGAAGAAGGAGAUGACCCCUUUACAGAACAUCUACACUUCUCACCCGAAUGCGGAUGGGCUGUUAUAAUGGCUAUCACCCGGAAGACCUCUGAUCCUGCGCAGAUUGAGGACCCUACCAGCUCAAAAAUUGCUGAUGCUCGAAGGGCUACAUUUUUCUCUUGGCCACACGAUGGAAAACGAGGAUGGCUUUGCAAGACAGAGAAGGUGUGA